AUGAAGCUCCUGCUUGCAGCAUUCGUAGUGAUUGCAGCUCUGUCUUCGGUCGUAAAUGCGCUAGACCGAUACAAUCUGCUGGAAAUAAUGGCCACCGUGCACAGCGAUCAUCGAAUCAACACCAAGUAUGAUGACGUGGCACUCGAAAGAAAAGAGCGCCAUUGCAAGAGUCAUUACAUGCAAGAUGGCAGUGACAGUGGCGAUGAGGUGUGCGGCUCAAAUGGGAAAAAGUACAAGAACCUUAACGAGUUUAACCUCCACAAGUGCCUGAUAAAGGUUCAGGAGGGCACAGUGAUGACAGUUAUGGACAUGGAGUUCGGCAAGAAUAGUGAAAGUGAAGACAUGGAGCAUGUCAAGGAAGAAAAUAACUCGUCCAAUCCUAUACAAAGUUAG